AUGGCCAGCACUAAGGUGAUUGGUGCUGCGUUCUUGGUUUUGCUCCUCGUGGAGCUUUCCUUUGCUGCUAGGUCAUCAAAGGCUAUCAAAGCAGGUAGGGGUAGUGGUGGUGGAGGUGGAGGAGGAGGAGGAGGAGGAGGGGAAGGAGGGGGUGGCUCAGCUUCCGGGUCUGGGUCCGGGUAUGGUUCGGGGCAUGGCUUUGGGAGUGGCUCAGGGUAUGGUAGUGAAGGAGGAGGCGGUGGGGGUGAAGGUGGAGGCGGUGGCGGUGGUGGUGGAUCCGGUGCAAAUGGUGGUUCUGGGUCGGGAUAUGGGUCCGGCAGUGGCUCGGGAUAUGGGUCUGGUGGUGGGAAAGGAGGUGGUGGAGGUGGCGGAGGUGGUAAAGGUGGUGGUGGAGGUGGCGGUGGAGGCUCGGGUUCAGGAAGUGGGUCAGGUUAUGGCUCCGGAUAUGGAAGUGGAAGUGGAUAUGGAAGCGGAGGCGGCAAGGGAGGUGGCGGUGGCGGCGGCGGUGGAGGAGGUGGCGGUGGCGGAGGCGGUGGAAGCGGCCACGGCGGUGGUAGGGGCUCUGGCUACGGGUCAGGUUAUGGGUCAGGAUACGGUGGUGGAGUCGGGGAAGAUGAUUCACCAUGA